ACUCUCGAUAUCUAAAACCAACUCUAGGGUUUAGUUGUAGAUCGUUCUUCAUUAAAUUUGAUUUUCCCCUAGAAAACUGUUUCAGCUUCUCAAACAGAAACCCUAAUCCUUAAAAGUUAUGUUUUAUCGACCAGAGCACAGUUAAGUUCAAUGAUGCGCUCAAUUCAGAAUUUUCACGAAUAAUUAGAUAAUCUCCCGAUUUUUUCUUCAUCAGUUAUAAAUCACUGAGGCAAAUAGAUUUCAUAGCAAGUGAUGGAUGCUGGGAAGCAUUUUAAGACGAAGAUUUGUGUGUUAUUUCAAAGAGGACAUUGUUCGCGUCAGAAUUGUUCAUUCGCACAUGGAAAUGAAGAACUUAGGCGAUUUUCUUCUGGGUCUUUUAAUGGGUUUUCUCAGUUGUGUGACCUCAAAUACGGGCAUAAUCAAAUAUCAUUACUUAUAUCGAAGGUGUUAAUUCUAUGGUUUCCUUUGGAACUGACAAGAAGCAUUAUUUCUAUUCAUUAUAAAGUUUCUCAUAUUGCUCCUUGUAAUGGUGAGCAAGAAUAUAGAGGCAACGACUUGAGGGAUAGGCUUGGUAGAAGGCAUUCACCUCAAAGACGAUUUUCCCCUGUGAGAGAUUCAAGAGACCAAAAUGCAUUCCAUGGUCAGAAGCAACAUCACUUUAAUAGAGGAUGCAGUCCUCCAAGAUCUCCAGGAAAAAAAAGCAGGUGGAAUCAACAUUUGGCUGGGCAAACUCAUGCCACUGGAAAUUUUAAGGAGAGAAGACCCCAUGGUGGAGAUGAUGUUGAUCUGCAGGUCAAACACAUGCAAUUGGCUAUUGGCAGGCUUGAUGAUCACAAAAGCCAACUAGAGAGCCACAUGGAAGAGAGGAUCCUACAGUCUGAAAACCUUGCUACUAGAAUUGAGGAGCUUGAAGCCCACCUGAUCAAGGAACAAGAAGAUUGUAAAAGGAUAACUUCAAAAGUUAAGAAAUUUAUUAAAGCACACGUCCGGCAUUCAAGGGCGCAAGAAGAACUGGAGAAGUCGCAAGCUUGGCUUCAGAAGUUGGGAGAUCAGUUAGCUUCUGAUGCUUCGAGACCCAGUGCAAACAAAGAGGGUUUAAGUCUUCAAAUUUGUAGGGAUGGAGAAUUUAACCAGGAUGACGCUCUGAGCCCAAGAAAAGAGUUGCAAAAUCAUGCGUCUCCAUUCAAGAAAAGGUUGCAAAGUAGUAUUGGGGUUAGUAAAGCAAAACAAGCAAAUAUGAAGAAGUCUCUUGCGGGACCAAAUAGAUUAGAGAAGUUCAGUCAGCGGGACAGAAUCUCAGAGUCGGAACACAAUCCUAAAGAAGGUGAUUCAGUGAAUAAUAAUAGUGUGGGAAGCAAACGCCACAGAUCUCUAGGGAUGGAGAACAAGAGUAAGCGAAGAAAGAAUGAUCCUUCCAGUAUUGCAUCCCUUGAAAAGGCCAAGGGCGUGGACUCAGGACAUAUGUUGCCCUCAACCAGUAUGGCUGCUCAUGCAGUUGAUGAAUUCACCGAUACCAUUGAUAUGGAUGAGAAAAUUGAGGAAGUGGACGCUACUACAAAUGGUGUUGAUAAGGCAUUAGAGAAGGCUUACUCUCCACUUCCUCCACCCCCACCGCCUCCUCCCCGUCAAGAUGUUUACAUCCAUUAUGAGACCGAAGAGGAUGAAAUUGAUGCAGGCGAAUCGGACGGCAACCCGCGGGACCGAGAUAUCCAUAGUGAAGAGAAGUUGGAUUUGGAUACCGAUUAGGUGUACUACAAUAUAAAUUAGUCUUCUGAUAUGUAAAGUUCAAUCUUUUUUGUUGCGAUGACAGUUGUCUUGGGUGCAAUUUUAAACUUUGGUUGAGAAAAUUAAAAGAAUGCCGUUUCAGGUCUUCAUUAAUU